AGCUGUUGGGGCUCCGCCUCCCCUCGCACCAACACAAACGGCGGCGGCGCGCGGGGCCCUCCGUGGUGCGGGUCGAACGCCGGUCCCGCUCCCUCGGAGAUCGCCCCGCAUCCCCAGUGAGUGUCGGUGCUGCGAAGGGUCCGGUGUCACUGCUGAAGGGGAGACCGUUGUGAUGUGCUUCUGAAAGAAGAACUGAGAAGUGAUUACAUACUUACACUUUUGGGAAAACUCUCCUCCUAAUGUAUUUUGCAAACUAAUUGAACUGUCAUAGAAAUUCAGCAUGGGAGGAGCUGUGAGUGCUGGAGAAGACAACGAUGACUUAAUUGAUAAUUUAAAAGAAGCUCAGUACAUUCGCACUGAGAGUGUGGAGCAAGCCUUCAGAGCAAUUGAUCGUGGUGAUUAUUAUCUGGAAGGUUACAGGGACAGUGCUUAUAAAGACUUGGCUUGGAAGCAUGGAAAUAUACACUUGUCAGCACCUUGCAUUUAUUCUGAAGUAAUGGAGGCAUUGAAGCUUCAGCCUGGAUUAUCUUUUCUAAAUCUGGGUAGUGGAACCGGAUACUUGAGUACAAUGGUGGGAUUAAUAUUAGGACCUUUUGGGAUAAAUCAUGGAAUAGAGCUUCAUUCAGAUGUGGUAGAAUAUGCCAAGGAAAAAUUGGAGAGCUUCAUAAAAUAUAGCGAUAGCUUUGAUAAAUUUGAAUUCUGUGAACCUGCCUUUGUGGUUGGUAAUUGUUUGGAAAUAGCCUCAGACAGUCAUCAAUAUGACCGGAUUUACUGUGGAGCUGGAGUCCAGAAAGAUCAUGAAAACUACAUGAAAAUUUUAUUGAAAGUUGGAGGCAUUUUAGUAAUGCCUAUAGAAGACCAGCUAACACAAAUCUUGAGAACAGGACAGAACACGUGGGAAAGUAAAAAUAUCCUUGCUGUUUCAUUUGCUCCACUAGUGCAACCAAACAGAAAUGACAAUGGCAAACAUGACACUGUGGGACUGCGGUAUAAGCACAAGGAUCCCAUGGCCGGGUCUGGAUUCUGACCAUCAUCACACCCUGGACUAUAACUCAGGUCCAUUCUCCAGGUUCAAAGGUUUGUAUUGUUUCUCUUCCUUGUCACCGUAAAAAGUGAAAAGAAAGAAUAAAAUCUUCCUAAAUAUAUUUUGUGCUACAGCUACUUUGUCAGAAAUUAAAUUGUACCCUCCCAGCCUAUCAUAUCCAAUUUAGAUUAGUAUUACUGGAUGGUAAGGUAAUGCUCAGUAACACAGUAUUGAUUCUGCAACCUAGGCCCAGCGACUGGAGGAUUGAGUAAUGAAAAUUAGCUUUAUCCAUACAGCUGUGUGUGUCUGUCCUUUAGCAGCUGAAUGAUACCUGCCCAAACAUGUACUGAAAGGGUUUUAUUCCUAUCUUGAGUGUUCUGAUUUGAGUGUAAGUAAAAUCAGUUUUCUAACUUCAGAUAAGUCUCAUCUGAGUAACGUCAUUUUCUGAAAGCUAACUGCAUGUUUUUCAGGCAGUGUUUUGCUCUAGAAGUGAUAACAUGAAGCAUUGGUAUGCAGAAAGGCCAUUGCUUAUGUUUAUUCCUGUAGAAACCAAGACCUUCCAUGAGCCGGUGAAAUGCUGUAAGUGAAAGGCGCAAAAAAGGGUCGUACUUACAGGGAGGAUCACACAGGACAGGUGACCCAAAACUGACCAACAGGGUACUCCAUUCCAUAAACAUCAUACUGGGUAUAAAACUGAGGGAUUGUAAGGGUCAGUCUUUUUUCUUUGAUGGCCAGAGUCUGGUAUGGAUCUCAUCUGUCUUUUUGCCCUGAUACCACAUCUGUGCAUUCCUGAAUCCA